UUCGCCAGGGCCUGUUUACAUUUUCAUUCUCUUUUAUUGGAGUUCUCUCUCUCCCAGAUUUAAAACCGCCAAUUUCUGUUCUAUUGUACGCUAUUUCGGAAUAUUUUCACACAAAAAAUUAAUGUACAUAUAUAAUUGUAUUAAAUGAAUGAAAAUCAAGUUUACAAACGUUCCCACGCGUCCUUGUCGGAUGUUGAAAAUGAAGGUACUAACAACCAUGCCGAUCCACUAGUUAAGAAAGUGAAGCACGCUGACAUGUCGAUGGAAACCGUGGGUGGAUCGGAAAAAGGACAUCCGAAAUCCACAUACGAUCUUGAAGAUAUGUUUGAUGAGGAUGAUGAUUUCGGUAUUAAUCUGCAAGAUCUUGAAAAUGUGGAGCAAUUCUCCCUCGAUUUGACAACAUGGAAACGAUGUCGAGUUCUGUCCAUCAAUAACUGUGGUCCAUCAUUUGUGAUCAUCGUCGAAGAGAAAAAGAGCAAUUUGAAAGCAAAAUGCUCUCUAGAGCCACCAUGGAAUUCACUACACGUAAAAAAAAACGACGUCAUUUCCCUCAUUGGAGUGCUCGAUCGAGUUACCGGUUUCUAUCGUAUCGACAGUUCCGAUGGUAUGAUUGUCACUGAUCCAGACCAUCUAAUAUCUGGGACAUCUGUAGUCGGCGCGUUGUACUGCCAAAGAAGGGGCGUUCUACAGGAACGAUUUCGCGGUAUCGAUGCAGACAGUAGAAUAAUGACUAUUGGCACAAUAGUACAUGCGUUGCUGCAAAAAACGCUAAAAAACCGGUGUACAGAGCUAGAGGAUAUCAAUAUGAUCGGACGGGAAUAUCUUAAUUCUCCAGAAAUGGUUCACAUGCUUUACGCAGCCAAAAUGACUAAAGUUGACGCAGCGAAAGAAAUGGAACAAUUUUAUCCUAAAAUCCACGACUUCAUUAUCAAUCAUCUCGUGAUACCCGGCAAGUAUCCUAAAAGUGAUGUCCAAAUCAAGACGAUAAAAGAUAUCGAAGAAAACAUCUGGUGCCACCAGCUUGGAAUAAAGGGAAAAAUUGACGUAACCGUUGAGGCAAAAUGUGAACCCAAUCAACCCGUUCAGUUGAUGCCACUGGAACUCAAAACAGGUCGAGCCAGUUUUUCUGCUGAACACAAAGGCCAAAUUAUCCUGUACGAAAUGAUGAUGAACUUAGUAGGACAUAAAGUGGACCAGGGAAUCUUGCUCUACCUCCGCGAAGGAAAGUGUUCGUCUGUCAAGAGUAAUCGCAACUUGAAAAGAGAUUUAAUCAUGCUACGCAACGAAGUAGCAUACUAUCUAUCCCGAGGGCUGCCAAAUACAAAAAGCGAUGAGUUUGAUCUGCACAAAGAUAUCAUGCUCCUGCCAGAACCGCUUAACAAUAAACAUAUUUGUUCUCGCUGUCCUUACAGCACCAUUUGCACAGCUUAUCUCAAGUAUGAAAAACUGCAGCUGCCCCCAGAGCACGCCAUCAAACUGAUAGCGACGGAUGCUUUGGGACAUUUAUCUGAUAAACACAUCGACUAUUUCAUUCGAUGGGCAGGUCUGAUAUAUUUGGAGGAUGAAGAAAAUCGAAAAAAGUUUCGUGUAAAACAUUUCUGGACGAAAAGUCCUGAAAUGCGACAAAAGAUGGGACGCGCUGCUAUCAACCUUAAAUUAAUAGCACACGUAUCACAUUCGGGUGAAGACUGUUGUCACACAUUUUCACUUGAUGAUGAUAUUAAUUGUUCCAUGAAUGUCACUCAAAUUGAAGGAAUCGAGAACCUGUCCAAAGUUUUUGAUGUGAACGAAUAUGUCAUCUGUAGUACCACCACGCGAAUUGCAGUUGCCGCAGGGCGGGUAGUUAAUGUGAGCAAACGUGAAAUAACGGUGUCACUAGAACGAGAUCUUAGCCAAAACUACCCCCACGAAUUAUUUCACCUGGACAAAUACGAAUCGCAAACGCAAAUAACGUUUAACUUAACCAAUGUUGGUGUGUUGCUUGAUGAUACAGAACGUUCUGCUACUCUUCGGCGAAUCAUCAUCGAUGGCGAAAAACCGACAUUCACUCGCACAAUUCCUUCAUCAGUGGCCGAUGCUGCUAAAGAGAUUUUACAGGGCCUCAAUAAACACCAGAAAAUAGCAGUUUUGACCGCUGUAGGAACGAAAAGUUUCUGUUUAUUCAAAGGACUUCCAGGGACGGGCAAAACUCAAACAGUGAUAGCUUUGAUACGGUUGUUAGUAGCAAUGAAUAAAUCCGUAUUGAUCACCAGUAAUACGCAUUCAGCUGUCGACAAUGUUCUUAAGCGUUUGUUGCCACAUGGAAUGAAGUUUAUACGGUUGGGCGCGAAAACCAGGAUUGAUUCAGAACUCACGAUUUUUUCGGAGGGUGAUUUAACAGAAAAAUGUUCCACGCCCGAGGAAUUGGCUACCGUUUAUAAUUCCUAUAAAAUUGUUGGUGUCACAUGUCUGGGAUCAGCUCAUUCGAUGUUGGUUCAACGAACUUUCGAUUUCUGCAUUGUAGACGAAGCUACGCAAGUUUUUCAGAGUGCAGUAAUACGACCUCUUCUGUCGUCCGAUAAAUUUGUGCUUAUCGGAGACCCCGAUCAGUUACCGCCUGUGAUACUUUCCAGAAAAGCGAAGGAUCUUGGAGCUGAUGAAAGUCUUUUCUUUCGUCUUGAAACCGAUCAUUCAUGUUGCGUUCUGCCGACUCAAUAUCGCAUGAACAGAACCAUUACCAAACUAGCCAAUGAUUUUUCCUAUCAAGGAAAACUCAUAUGUGCUAACGAAUCUGUGGCAAACUCAUCCCUCAAAUUGCCCAAUGUUCGGUUAGUACAACAAAAGUAUAAACUUGAAAAAUGGCUCUUACGUGCGACAGCCUCGCAGCUGGAUUUGUCAGUAGUUCUCAUCAACACUUUGAAUACGUAUGGCAGCAGUAAGGCGUUUGAAUCGAAUCGUUCAAAAACUGCUUCUUCAGUAAACCACAAGACUGAAGAUUUGGAUCAACCAAAAGCGGUUUAUGAAAAUUACUGUGAGGUUGCCGUCGUAAUUUACACGGUUAAAGCUUUGCUAGAGAGUGGCGUUGCUGGCACCGCGAUUGGUGUGAUAGCUCCAUUUCGAGUACAGGUUGAUCUACUGAGGCAUUACUUGGAUUUGCUGAAAAAGCAGUUUCAAGACCAAGGAUGUAUUGAACAAAACCUAAACAUUGAAGUCAACACUGUCGACCAGUAUCAGGGAAAGGAUAAAGAGAUUAUUUUCUACUCCUGCACAAAGUCCAACAAUCCAGCUACAGAAUCCACUGACCCCACAAAAGCUAGCGAACAUGAAAUUCUUGAAGAUUACAGAAGGUUGACUGUGGCCAUUACCAGAGCCAAAAAGAAACUCGUCAUUCUGGGGGACGUCAUGAGCUUAGAAAGAUAUACGCCCUUCAAAAAAUUAUUCCAAUGCAUUCCAGCGGGAGGUCGGAUAACACUCCAGCAAAGUUCUUUCGGUUUUGAAUGGGAUCGAGUGUUCAACUUGCUGGAUACUCUACAUAAUUUUGAAGAUAAGAAAUAAAGUUAGAUUGUUUUACAAAAUCA